GCAAAGAAGAGCAAGCAAUCAAGAAAACAACUUGUAUACAGCAAGAAACUAACUACAAAGCAUCAUGAAGACUCUGACUCUCCUCUCCAUCUGCGCCCUUCUGUCAGUGUGCUGGUCAAUGGGAGCUGUGGAACCAGAGGUUGUUGUGGACCCUGCUGUUGACACAUCUGCUGAAGCCGCACCUGAUGACCCUGAAGCCGCAGACCCCGCAGCCGCAGACCCCGCAGCUGCAGACUCUGAUUCAUCCUCUUCCUCCUCUUCUGAGUCCGAUUCAGCCUCAUCCUCCGCAUCAGACUCCAACUCUUCCUCAGACUCUUCAGCAUCUGAUUCUAACUCAAGCUCCGACUCAUCAGCCUCCGAUUCGUCCUCCUCCUCCUCAUCUGAGUCCUCUGAAUCCUCUUCCUCCGAGUCCUCCUCCUCUGAGUCCAAUUCUUCUGCCUCCGACUCCUCAGCAUCCGACUCCACUGCCUCUGAUUCUUCCUCCUCUUCUUCUUCUUCAUCCUCCUCUUCUUCAUCAGAGUCAGCCAGCACUGAGGCUGCUCCAGUGGUUAUGAAGAGAGACCUGGCUGCUGUUCUCCUGAGGAGAAGAAGAGCUGCCCCAGCAGGAGACCUCACCCCUCUGCAGCUGGAGAGCCUGAAAGAGGUGUGUGAAGUGAACGUCGCCUGUGACGAGAUGGCGGACACUGCAGGCAUUGUUGCUGCAUAUACCGCCUACUAUGGUCCUGUGCCCUUCUAAGUUAAAGACUUUUCUUCCAUCCACAUGUGAACUCUUUUCUUUUGUCCUUUUUUGUAAUAGAACAGUGCAAUAACUCCCCUAAAUCUAUACAAGGAGCAGGCAAUCACAAAAAAAGAAAAAGGGGUUUGGCCUAUGUUAUGAUGCUAGAUGAAGAUUUUUAUUUUAGGCACAAAUCCUUGCACAAGUGACCAGCUUUAGUGGUCCUGUAUGAAGUGGUCCUCUUCCACAGAGAGGCACAUGGAAACACAAGCCUGUGAAGAAUGCAGUAGCCCAGACAAAUUUAAAUUAUUCUUCUUGUCUAUGGUAUAAUACAAUGAAUGGUGCUACAAGUGCAAAUGUAUUUUUUGUUAAUGUAUUAAUGUUUUUAUUUUGUGCUUUAGUCUUAGCCGUAGUAGUUCUAGUGAGUAGUAGAUGUAGUAAUGAGAUCUUAGAGGUACUUUAGUUUUAGGAGUAAUGUAUUGAUAGUGGUAGUGGUAGUGGUAGUGUACAGUGUGUGUAAAAUGCACAUCAGUUAUCUGUAAUGACUGUAACCACAAAUUGCCUCUGGGUUUGAAAAAUAAUAAAUUAUUUUGUUUUGUCCAA